CCCACCCCCCCACGUCCCCCUCCGCAUGGCGCCGGUGAUGGGGCUGAAGCGGCCGGCGGCGGCGGCGGCGGGUGCGGGGGCGGCGGCCGCGCAGACCGUCACGCUGCCCGCGGCGGCCGUGCGGGACGCCGUGCGCGCCGCCGUGCGGGAGGCCGAGGCCACGGCGCAGGCCACCGCCCCGGCCGCCAGGGUCCCGUCGCCCGCGGCGGUGCCGGCAGAGAUCGCCAGGGACGGGGUGCUGUGCCUCGAGGAGGUCGACGGGAGGCGGUGGAGCUACGUGGUCGACGCCGCCGGCGCCGCGGUCAAGGCCAAGGGGAGGGCCUCCGUCGGGGCCGCCUUCAAGGCCGUCCCGCUCCAGUCCCCGCUACCGCCCGUAGAGGAAAUAAUGUCCUUUAUAAGGUCAUAUGUUGUGCCUGAAGGCUUUCCACACAGUGUCACUCCUUCAUAUGUCCCAUACAUGUCAUGGAGAGCAUUGAAGCACUUCUUUGGUGGAGCAAUGGGUGUGUUUACAACAAGAUCCCUUCUAAACUCUGUUGGAGUCUCCCAAAGCAGGGCUGUGCCUGGUGCUGUGGCAAUCAACUGGAUACUCAAGGAUGGGGCUGGGCGUGUUGGGAAGAUGCUUUUUGCCCGCCAAGGGAAGAAAUUUGACUAUGACCUGAAGCAGCUCCGCUUUUCUGGUGAUCUCUUGAUGGAGUUAGGAGCUGGGAUAGAAUUAGCUACUGCAGCUUUUCCACAACUUUUCCUACCAAUGGCUUGCAUAGCAAAUGUUGUUAAGAAUGUUGCUGCUGUCACUUCGACCUCCACUCGCACACCUAUCUACAAGGCAUAUGCGAAAGGAGAAAAUAUUGGUGAUGUCACUGCUAAAGGAGAAAGUGUUGGAAACAUAGCUGAUCUGGUAAAUGUUCAGUAUUUUUCAACUAUUUUUGCUUAUUAUUUACAAGACAUGCAUCUUUCAUCUGUUGCUGCCAUCGUAUUAUUUUCACAUUAUUAUAUUAUGGUUUCUCAACUGUUCAGUUUCUUUUUUCUUUCAAUUUAUAACGUUUCUUUUCUUUGCUGUUGUUUGUUUGUGAAGUUGGGAACUGGUUUGAGCAUUCUAAUCUCUAAAAGCAAUCCAUCACUGGUAACUUCAUUUGCCUUCCUGUCUUGUGGAUAUCUCCUCAGUUCAUAUCACGAGGUGCGAUCUGUUGUAUUGAAUACUCUAAAUAGGGCAAGAUUCACUGUGGCUGUGGAUUCUUUCAUCAAGACUGGGUAUGUACCUACAUUGAAAGAUGGAAACUCACAAGAGACAGUAUUUAAUCCACCUUGGCGACAUGAGCCAGUUGCAAUAGGAUCAAGAUUUGGGGAGGCAUUUCAGGAACCUGCUUCGUUUAUUGCUAUAAAGCCUUUGUUUGAGGAUGAGAGGUAUAUUGUUACAUAUAACCCAACAAAGGACAAGGUAUAUGCUUUGCUCAAGGACCAAGCAAAGCCGGAUGACAUUCUCAAAGCUGCUUUCCAUGCACAUGUGUUACUGCAUUUUAUCAAUGCUUCACAUGCUAACUUGAAUGCAAGAAGGCGCAUGAACUCCAACCGGUCAUACCAGCAUAAUCCAGUGAACAUGGACUUCAUACCACACAUUGAGGAGUCGUGCAAGAUUGUAAUGUCAUCUUAUGGAGUUUUCAAGAAGAAAGCAAGAGAACAGGGAUGGAUAAUGUCGGAAUCACUUCUUAACCCUGGACGAGCGCGAUUGUGUGGAGUAGUACCACAAUGAUCGAAGUCUUUUUCAUUGAUCAUGAUGAAGAGGAUAUGUUUUUUUUUUGCUUUCAUACUUUGGAGUCCAGCCCUAUAUGUGAGUCAGCGAACCUCUAACAAAGUCAACAAUCAGCUCAAGUACAUAAAAUGUAUCAAAUCAUCACGAGCCCAAAAGGAAGAGUACUUGUACCUGGAGCAUUUGAUUACAUCAGUUACCAUGAUAACACGCUCUGGCUGGGGCGUGCUGACUCAUGCAGGACCAUUGAAGGGGCUCCAAACUAACUGCGGAAGACCAACUAACAAACCUUUUUUGUAUAUUCGUUCGGUAUUGUAUAAUGGAGACGGCUACCCUUCCUAAUGUGACUGGACUUAGUGGUCAUCGUCUGAGUUGUUUGACUGUUUGACAGUAAACUUUCCCCACUAACUUUGCGAUACCUUGAUUCUCUCCUCAUUUCCCAAACAUGAGGGGUUGUAAAUGCCAGUUUUCGAUAAAGAAGAGCUGUGUUUGAUAACAGCAUAUCGUGCA